GCCCUCAGCAGCAGCUGCCAACUCCGAUAGCCGCCCGUACUGCCGUGGGAGGGCGGCGGGAAUCGGGGACCGGGCUCAGUGCCACCUGCGCGAGCGGCCGCACACCUGGACGCUGUCUUCUCGCCGACGAGACCUGCGGCUCUGCAAAGCUGAGGCUCGUCUUUAAAGGAAGGGAGGAAAAUCAAGCAAUAAAUCCAAGACCAGUCUUCACUGUUCUAUCUCGCCGCCCGUCUUGUUCACCCAAGAUUUUGAAAGCGGCAACUCUGACAACAGUUCCGGAAAUUUGGCGGCCACUGAGACCGGGCUCUGAGAGCCCAAAGGCUUGGCAAGUUCCAGACUGAGCUGGACGAGUCUGAAGCCAGGUUGGAGGCAGGUCCAGAAUAUCUGAGGCUGACACUAGGGGCUGUCGGAACUGCCGCCGUGCAGCCACUGCAGACCCAGCCUCUACACCGCUGCACACGUCGGACCACCAGUAUGUCCGCUCCUGGUGUCAACGCAUCCGCCUCGUUGCUCCCCGGUCGCCUGAACAGCCCGGUGACCAUCCCGGCCGUGAUGUUUAUCUUCGGGGUGGUGGGCAACCUGGUGGCUAUCGUGGUGCUCUGCAAGUCGCGCAAGGAGCAAAAGGAGACAACCUUCUACACUCUGGUAUGUGGGCUGGCUGUCACUGACCUGCUGGGUACAUUGCUGGUGAGCCCGGUGACCAUCGCCACGUACAUGAAGGGUCAUUGGCCAGGGGGCCAGGCGCUAUGUGAGUAUAGCACUUUCAUCCUGCUCUUCUUCGGCCUGUCCGGCCUCAGCAUCAUCUGUGCCAUGAGUAUCGAGCGCUACCUGGCCAUCAACCACGCCUACUUCUACAGCCACUACGUGGACAAGCGGCUAGCUGGCCUCACGCUCUUCGCGGUCUACGCGUCCAACGUGCUCUUCUGCGCGCUGCCCAACAUGGGCCUCGGCAGCUCGCGGCUGCAGUACCCCGACACCUGGUGUUUCAUCGACUGGACCACCAACGUGACUGCGCAUGCCGCCUUCUCCUACAUGUACGCGGGCUUCAGCUCCUUCCUCAUUCUCGCUACCGUACUCUGCAACGUGCUGGUGUGCGGCGCGCUGCUCCGCAUGCACCGCCAGUUCAUGCGCCGCACCUCCCUGGGCACUGAGCAGCACCACGCGGCGGCCGCCGCGGCGGUCUCGGCCUCCUGCCGGGGCAACCCCACAGCCUCGCCAGCUUUGCCGCGCUUCAGCGACUUUCGCCGCCGCCGAAGCUUCCGCCGCAUCGCGGGCGCGGAGAUUCAGAUGGUCAUUUUACUCAUCGCCACCUCCCUGGUGGUGCUCAUCUGCUCCAUCCCGCUCGUGGUGCGUGUUUUCAUCAACCAGUUAUAUCAGCCAAGUUUGGAGCGAGAAAUCAGCAAAAACCCAGACUUGCAGGCAAUCCGAAUUGCUUCUGUGAACCCCAUCCUGGACCCCUGGAUAUAUAUCCUCCUGCGCAAGACAGUGCUCAGUAGAGCAAUAGAGAAGAUCAAAUGCCUCUUCUGCCGCAUUGGUGGGUCCCGCAGAGACCGUCCAGGACAGCAUUGCUCAGACAGUCGAAGGACUUCUUCUGCCAUGUCUGGCCACUCUCGUUCCUUCCUCUCCAGGGAGCUGAAGGAGAUCAGCAGCACAUCUCAGACCCUCCUUUACCUGCCAGACCUCAGUGAAAAUGGCCUCGGAGGCAGGAAUUUGCUUCCAGGAGUGCCUGGAACAGGACUGGUCCAAACAGACACCACCUCCCUGAGGACUUUGCGAAUAUCAGAGACCUCAGAUUCCUCACAGGGUCAAGACUCUGAGAGCGUUUUACUGGUGGAUGAGGCUGGCGGGAGUAGCAGGGUUGGGCCUGCCCCCAAAGGGAGCUCCUUGCAAGUCACAUUUCCAAGUGAAACACUGAACUUAUCAGAAAAAUGUAUAUAGUUAAGGAAAGAAAUACAGCACUGUUUCUGGAACCUUAAAAAAAUCCCGUGCAAUAGACACAUAAAUGAUGUAGUUAGCUGUGCUCAGAAGGGCUAUCUCUGUCCUAUGACUCGCACUGGAGAGCAUCCUGGCUGUUGAGCACUUUUUAAACAAUCAAGUUGACCACAUGGAGCCACGGGCCUGAAGCACAUUGGUUGCCACCCUGCUGUGACACAGAAUUGUGGUCACAGUUUCAUGGCUGGGAAGAUCUACCCUGUUUUUCUACUGGAAGAGGGGAUGGCAGAAGUUUUGCUAUUUUCAUAACAUCUUCAUAUAAGACCUUUAUAUCUGGCAUACAACAGAGGCCCAGAUUCCAGAAGGGCUCUAUUUCAGUAAACUAUGAGGACUACCUUAUGGAUGAUUUAAGUGUCUCACUAAAGCAUGAAAUGUGAAUUUUUAUUGUUGUAAAUAUGAUUUAAAGUAUUUAAAGUAUUUUCUUCUCUGUGAGAAGGUGUAUUGUUAAUACAAGGUAUAAUAAAACUAUGGUAAGCCCUCUCCCCCCAGUGUAGCCAGCUGAAAUUGAAGAUGUUAGAUUCUUUUUUUCAUAAACAAGUUCUGGCCAAGGUGUUGGAAAGUCACAGUAAGACUAAUUAUCUAUAAAAUAGAUAAAAAAAAAAUUUUAAGAAUUUAGUAUUAUCAAAAUAAUAAAAAUAUAUUAUUUAAGAUGUGGAAACUACAAUCCAAAAUAUUAAAGUUCUUUCCUGGCUAUGCAUAAUGCAUAGCAAAAUUUUUUUAGUGAUAUUACAUUUAUUUAUCUGGAAAACUGUGAUUUCAAGAGAAUCUAAAAUGCUGGUAAAUAUUUUCAACUUUUGUCCCCACUAACUGAUACUUUUUAAAAUGUAACAUCCAUUUUUAAAAGUCCUUAAUAACCCAUAAUUGAAGUGUAUAAUAUGAAAAGUCUAAGCAGCUUGUUUUCCCUGAAAUUGUAUUUUAUUUUCUUAAAGAAAGACCAAGAAUAUUCUUUAAAAUUUAAGAGAAAGACAAGUAUUUUGAGAUGUGGAAGGACUUCGGAUAUGGCUAACUUAAGCUUUAAGUAGGCACUUAAGGGUCACCUAACAGUAUUGUGUAACACCCAGUAAUGCUGUACACAGAUUCGAAGGACCUUUCUCAAGGAAUUAUUAAGCAUGUUUUGUUGCUUCAAGUGUUUUUGUGAAUUGCUUGGUUGUAAUUAAAUCCUGAGCCUGAUACUGAUAUGGUCUUAAGGAACAGUUGUACCAACUGAAAUUACUUUGGAGAUUAUAAUAAAUAAAUACAUUCAAUCUGAGUCCCCUAGCCUCAGUUUUGGAAAA